ACCACCAUUGGAUCAACCAUAUGUGCUGUAUCGGCGAACAACGAGGCUGAACAUUGUGGAUAAAAAUAAAAACAAGGAGAAUGGGGAAGAAACAGAAAAAGUCAGGCGAUGACAGUGCCAAAGACGAUGGCAUCGACCUUGACGCCCUAGCAGCAGAAAUCGAAGGAGCGGGAGCCUCCAAGGAGCAAGGUAAAGGAAAGGCCAAGAAGAAGAAAGACAAAAAGAAAGACGAUUUUGAUGAAGACGACAUCCUGAAGGAGCUGGAGGAACUGUGUCUUGAAACCACAGGAGCUAAAGGCAGCAAGAAACCAGACGCCACAGACGAGCCGGAGAGUGCCGCCGAGCCCCCGCCGCCCACCAAAGCGGAGAAGAAGAAGACGCGGAAGGGCAAGCGAGCCAGCCUGGAGGAUGACGACGGGGACGGCGAAGAGGUUUCGGGUACGGGUGACGUGGAAAACGAAGACAAGCAGAAGGACAAGAAGACGUCUGCUGCCCCCGCUGCUGCUGCUGCUGGCUCAGACUCGGAGGACGACGCCUCACGGACCCGGAGGAAACCCAAGGCAGGGAAGAAGGGAGGCCGCAAGGAGGCCUCGGACGAGGAAGAGGAGGAUGACGAUGGAGGUGCGAGGAAAGGAGAGGGGGGAGGGGAGGAUGAUUCAGAUGAUGACGACUCGGUGGACGCGUCGCAGGCCGGAAAGAAAGGCAAGAAGAAGAAGGGCAAAGCCAAGGCAGACAGUGAAGAAGAGGAAGAGGAGGAGGGAACCUUCAAGAUGAAGACGGCAGCUCAGAAGAAGGCAGAGAAGAAGGAGAGAGACCGCAAGAAGAAAGAGGAGGACAGGGCUAAGCUGAAGAAGCAGAAGGAGAAGGAGGAGGAGAAAGAGGGGAGUAUUGAGGUUGCAGCAGUGCCUAAGAAAGAGAAAGAGGUAGUGAAGAAGAGUGAGCCAGCGGUGGCCCCAGCAGCGGCCCCAACCCCAGCAGCAGCCCCAGCAGCGGCCCCAACCCCAGCAGCAGCCCCAGCAGCAGAGACGGAGGCAGCAGCAGAAAUUGAAGAUCAGGAAGGGGCUGAUCCUCAAGGAGAGGAAGAGGAAGGGGGAGACAAGAAGGGCAAGAAAGACAAGAAGAAGAAGAAGGGGGACAAGGAGAAGGAGAAAGAGGAGAAGAAGAAGGGACCCAGCAAGGCCACAGUGAAGGCCAUGCAGGAGGCUCUGGCUCACAUGAAGGAGGAAGAGGAGCGCGCCAAGAAGGAGGAAGAGGAGAAUCUGCGUCGCCUUGAAGAGCAGGAGGCUCAGAGACUGGAGCAGGAGCGUCUGGAACAGGAGCGCAAGGAGAAGAAGAAACAGAAGGAGAAAGAGAGGAAGGAGAGGCUGAAGAAGGAGGGCAAACUGCUGACCAAAGCCCAGAAAGAGGCCCGGGCAAGGGCUGAGGCCACACUUGAACUCCUGAAGGCCCAGGGUAUUGAAGUGCCAUCCAAAGACGACUCGGUGCCAAAGAAGAAGCCAGUGUACGGAGACAAGAGGAAAAAGAAGCCCCAACAAGCACAGACCCCUGAAGAGAUCUCAGAGGUCAUGUCACCCACGUCGGAGACGGCAGAGCCAAUCAUCUCACCGAUGGCGGUGGAAACUCCUGAAGUAGCAGCAGAGGUAGAGCAGAAAGCUGAGUCUGCAGUUGAUGACUGGGAGGCUAUCGCUGAGACCAUCGAUCAGGACAAAGAGCUGAAGACGGUCCACAUUGAGGUGAAGCCAGAGACGCCAAAGCAGCCCCAACAGAAACCCUCGUCACAGCCGGAGGAAGUGGAGGACGACGAGGAAGAGGACGAGGAGGAAGAGGAUGACGAAGAGGAGGAGAGUGAGGAGGAGGAAGAGGAGAAGGAGAGUCAGCCUCACACACCGAAGCAGGCCCCAGCCACUAAGAGGAAGGGAGGGAAGGAGAGCUCAGCGUCCAGUAGUGACAGCGACUCCGAUGACGAUCGCACUAAAGAGGAGCGGAUAUACGACAAGGCCAAGAAGCGUAUUGAGAAACGGCGAGCAGAGAACAUAAAGAACAUAAACCUGGACAAGCUCCGCUCCCCCGUCGUCUGUGUACUGGGCCACGUAGACACAGGCAAGACCAAGAUCCUGGACAAGCUGAGGCAUACACACGUACAGGACGGAGAGGCAGGAGGGAUCACCCAACAGAUCGGAGCCACUAACGUACCGCUGGAGGCCAUCGUAGAGCAGACCAAGAUGGUGAAGAACUUCAACAACGAGGCCAUUAAAAUCCCAGGAAUGCUGAUCAUCGACACCCCAGGCCACGAGUCUUUCAGUAACCUGAGGAACCGGGGCAGCUCUCUGUGUGACAUAGCCAUCCUGGUGGUGGACAUCAUGCACGGCCUGGAGCCUCAGACCCUGGAGUCCAUCAACCUGCUCAAGGAGAAGAAGUGUCCCUUCAUUGUAGCACUUAACAAGAUUGACCGUCUGUACGACUGGAAGAAGAGUCCGGACACAGACGUGGUGGCCACACUGAAGAAGCAGAAGAAGAACACCAAGGAUGAGUUUGACGAGAGGGCCAAAGCUGUCAUCGUGGAGUUCGCCCAGCAGGGUCUGAACGCAGCCCUCUUCCAUGAGAACAAGGACCCUAGGACCUUUGUGUCUCUGGUGCCCACGUCGGCCCACUCCGGGGACGGCAUGGGCAACCUGAUCGCUCUGCUGGUGGAGCUCACCCAGACCAUGCUGGCACGACGCCUGGCACACUGCGACGAGCUCAGGGCGCAGGUCAUGGAGGUGAAAGCCCUGCCUGGUAUGGGCACCACUAUAGACGUGAUCCUGAUCAACGGGGUUCUCCGGGAGGGCAUGACCGUCAUCGUCCCGGGGGUGGAGGGACCCAUCGUCACCCAGAUCAGGGGGCUGCUGCUGCCUCCACCCAUGAAGGAGCUCAGGGUCAAGAACCAGUAUGAGAAGCAUAAGGAGGUGUGUACGGCCCAGGGAGUGAAGAUCCUGGGGAAAGACCUGGAGAAGACCCUGGCAGGGCUCCCCCUGCUGGUGGCCCACAAGGAGGACGAGGUGGCCGUGCUCAGGGAUGAGCUGGUGCGGGAGCUGAAACAGACUCUGAACUCCAUCAAGAUGGAGGAGAAGGGUGUGUACGUCCAGGCCUCCACUCUCGGAUCCCUGGAAGCCUUGCUCGAGUUUCUACGAGUGUCCAAAGUGCCUUACGCUGGCAUCAACAUCGGUCCAGUCCACAAGAAGGACGUGAUGAAAGCUUCCACUAUGCUGGAGCAUGACCCACAGUAUGCAACGAUCCUGGCGUUUGAUGUGAAGGUGGAGAGGGACUCUCAGGAGAUGGCUGAUAGUCUGGGGGUCAGGGUGUUCAGCGCUGAGAUCAUCUACCACCUGUUUGAUGCCUUCACCAAGUACAGAGAGGACUACAAGAAGGCCAAGCAGGACGAGUUCAAACAUAUUGCUGUGUUCCCCACUAAGCUGAAGAUCCUGCCUCAGUUCAUCUUCAACUCUAGAGACCCCAUAGUCAUGGGAGUCAACGUGGAGGCUGGGGUCCUCAGACAGGGAACCCCAAUCUGUGUGCCCAGCAAGGGGUUUGUGGACAUUGGCAUCGUGACCAGCAUUGAGAUCAACCACAAGAUGGUGGACAGUGCCAAGAAGGGCCAGGAGAUCUGUAUAAAGAUCGAACCGAUCCCCGGAGAGGCACCCAAGAUGUUCGGCCGACACUUUGAGGCCACCGACAUCCUCGUCAGCAAGAUCACCAGAGCGUCUAUCGAUGCCCUGAAGAACUGGUUCAGAGACGAGAUGGGCAAAUCUGACUGGCAGCUCAUCAUGGAGCUCAAGAAGACUUUUGAAAUCAUCUGAACAGAAGAACGGGCACACACCUUCAUGUCUUCAGGCGGCCGCAGAACACUUACACACAAACACACACACCACUGAUUAUGUGACACCUGAUCAAAGACACACACACACUUGUUCAUCACACCCACGUAUGCAUACAUCCAUAAAUGGUGGGAGCAGUGCAGUGUCCCACUUUCCCCCUCUCCCCCAUCGCCUCCCCUCUGGUGGGUGGGGGAGUGUAUUUUUAGAGGGGAAACAGUGUUUUUCUGUGAGAAACCAAACUAUUUCCCGCUGUUAACAGUGACAGUUUAGACAGCAUCGACACACACACACUAUUCCAACGUGCCUGUUGUUUGGAAUCAUCUUGAGUUUUGUUUUUCAUUUUGCCGCUCUCUCUCUCUCCACAUCCGUCUGCUGCUGGAGUCCUGCCCCCUAUAAUCACUCUGGUGUUCAGGCUGGGGCGAGACGGCAGAGGGGGCGAGUGGGAGUGAAGAAAGCUGGGUCAGGCGUCACCGGAACCACAGAUCUACAGAAUUCAGCAAACUGGGUUUGACAAGUUUCCGUGGGUGCCAUGUUGGCACCGGAAGUCGCAAGGAGAAUGACAUUCCACUGAGAAUGCAAAUGAGAACCUUAUUGUUAUGACACGUUGGUUGCCAACAUGGAGGCUAGUUUGCUGAACUCUUUAUAUCUAUCAUGGAUCAAGGGGAGCUGUGCGCCAAAGGCCUGAGCCAAUUAGAAGAGGGGAGAGGGGAGGCAUUCUUACCAGACGUUUUAGACGUCUGAAUAAUACGACCUUGUCAGUGUUUUCUCUUUUCUUGAAUGCAGUUAUUUUAUGGUCCUUUUAAAAAGCCCCUCCCUCUCUGACAUCACCACCACUCAUCACCAGCCCCCCCUGUCAGUGCAGUUCGACUGGUGCCUACGGACGUUUUUUUUACCAAGAAUGAACUAGGUGACAAAAUAGGCGGUCCCUCUCCUCUCUACUUGAGUUCAAAAUGUAAAAGAUAAUAAAAAAUCUACAUCAAUAAAGACAUAUUUAUAGAAGUUGCAAACUCUGCCCCCCUCUGCCUUGUUGUAUAUUUUGGAUAAUGGUAUGAAUGGAAUAUGCAUUGAAUUCAAUUCUUUGAAAAAUAAAUAUGAAGUGCUACUUCC